AUGUCUCGCUCGUCUCCGGAUCCCUCUGCCGCUUUGUCGUCUUCGCCCAGCAGCUCCGUGAAAUGCCAGUCUCAGUUCACUUACCGCCAACUACAGCUUCUACGUCAGGGCUCGACGGCGACUCCACUGAGGGUAAUCGCUCAUAUUGACCUCGAUGCCUUUUAUGCACAAUGUGAGAUGGUACGGCUGGGCACGCCGAAGGAGACGCCUCUCGCUGUACGGCAAUGGGAUUCGCUCAUCGCCAUCAAUUAUCCCGCUCGGUCCUUCGGGAUAAGCAGAAUGAUGUCAGCCAGCGAAGCGCAGAAGCAUUGUCCCGAGAUCGUUCUGCAGCACGUGGCCACGUUUCGCGAGGGAGAGGGCGGAAAGUGGGCUUACAGGGAAGACGCAUUCAAGAAUAUCAGUACUGAUAAAGUAUGCUUGGAUCCGUAUCGUGCAGAAUCUCGAAAGAUUCUGAAAGUGAUGAAGGAAGAGCUUUCGAGAUGGCACGCGGAACUCGUGGACAGCGAACAUGGAAUUGGCUCGCACUAUCAAGUCCAGCCUGCUAGCCUCGAAAAGGCCAGUAUUGACGAAGUAUUUAUCGACUUGUCGCCACUCAUAUACGCUUUAUUGCUUCAGCGGUACCCGGAACUGCGUAUCGGACCGCAAGGUGACGAACGCAGUACCCCGUUGCCUCGCCCCCCGACGACGGCGUUGGAAUGGUGUACCGAAGACUGCUUGAUAGACCUCGAUGAGAAUGAGACGGAAGUUGAUGAUCCUGACUGGGAUGAUAUUGCCAUGCUCAUAGGCUCGGAGAUCGUUCGGUCAGUCCGAACAGCUGUCUGGAACAAGCUCAGCUAUACCUGUUCCGGGGGCAUCGCCAGGAACAAGAUGAUGGCCAAGUUGGGAAGCGCUUGUAACAAGCCAAACAAGCAGACAAUCGUCAGAAACCGCGCGAUUCAGCAUUUUCUGGGUGGCUACAAGUUUACCAAGAUCAGAAUGCUUGGAGGUAAACUCGGAGACCAGGUGACCACUCUCUUCGGUACAGAGCAAGUGAGCGAUCUGCUACAAGUGCCACUCGAGCAAUUUCGUGCCAAGCUUGAUGAUGACACUGCCAGCUGGCUCUACGGAAUCAUUCGUGGUGAAGAUAAGAGCGAGGUGAAUCCAAGGACACAAAUCAAGUCCAUGUUAUCCGCAAAGUCAUUCAGGCCGAGCAUCAAUUCUGCAGACCAAGCCGAAAAGUGGCUGCGGAUCUUCGCGGCCGAUAUUUACGGUCGCCUUGUUGAGGACGGCGUGCUUGAAAACAGACGCCGUCCGAAAACUGUCGCUUUGCAUCAUAGACAAGGCGGUCAAGUACGCUCUCGCCAACUUCCCAUUCCGGGUUCGGCAACAAUCGACGAGAGUCUUUUGUUCGAACUUGGUAGAACAUUGCUCCGCCAGGUCAUAGGCGAUGGACGUGCAUGGCCAUGUGCGAACCUCUCCUUGAGCGUUGGUGGCUUUGAAGAUGGAGUCAGCAAGAAUCAGGCGAUAGAUAGCUUCUUACUUCGAGGCGAACCGGCGAAAAGUGCCGCUCAAGCCACGAGAAAUCCGGACUCAGCGGAACGGACGGGGUCAAAUCAUCAUGACGAAAAACGAAGGAAGGUCGACAGCAGCGGCAUCAGGCGAUUCUUCAAUUCACCCUCUGAACUUGCCUCUGAAGCUAUCUCCUUAGACUCAGAUCCAGCACAGUUUGGUGAGAAAAAUGAAGACGACGGUAGAGGUUCACUCCACGGCGAAUCAUCUUUGCCAGAUGCUCAAACGAUUGCGACCCCAUCCGCUUCAUAUACGUGCUAUCGGUGCCAGAAAUCGCUCCCGAUUGAUGAACAGAACGAGCAUGAAGAUUGGCAUUUCGCCAAAGAUCUCGAACUUGAAGAAAGACGGACAGCUAGAAAGAGUCAGCCGAUGUCGCGUCCGAAUGAUUCGGAUACGCUUCAAGCUCGUAGAAGAGGUGGUCGCAGUGCUCGCGGAAAGCCAGAGAAAGGACAGACCCGGCUCAGUUUCGGAUGA